CAACAGCACGGAGACUGCUUUACAUUUUAGCUUUGAGUUCAAGAAGACCGACAAGAUUCAAAGCCAAGCGGUCGAAACAGGAAUAUAUAUAUAAAUACAUUUCAGACUAAAGGAAAUAAUGAUCUGGACCGUGCUUUUAAUUUUGCCAGUACCUUUAAUUCUCAUUUUAAUCUUCAGAGGUAGAACGAGAUUAGUGAAGGAGCCACCUUUAGAUAAAGGCUGUAUACCAUGGCUUGGGCAUGCCUUAGAGUUUGGAAAAGAUGCUGCUAAAUUUUUAAGUCGGAUGAAGAGCAAACAUGGAGACAUCUUCACGGUGCGUAUGGCUGGACGAUAUGUUACUGUCCUCCUUGAUCCAAAAUCCUACGAUGCGGUUGUUAGGGAGUCCGGUUCCAAAUUCAACUUCAGUAAAUACGCUUGUCUGCUAAUGGAGAGAAUAUUCAAUCUAAGGCUACCCGACUAUGAGCCCAACACAGAGAAGGCAAUGAUGAAGCUACACUUCCAGGGUAAGCCCCUGCACAGUCUGAGCACAAUGAUGCAGUCAAACCUCGACACUGUGCUACUUCCAGAGAGCAACGACCUGAGGAGGACGUGGAGGCGAGACGGGCUCUUUAACUUCUGCUACAGCGCUCUGUUCAGAGCCGGAUACCUCACUCUGUACGGCAAUGAAUCAGAGCAGGGUGGCGACCAGGCAGAGAAAUCCAGAGACAGGAGCCAGUCUGCAGACAUCUACCGAGAGUUCAAAAAGUUUGACAAGCUCCUCAUGAAAAUUGCACGAACCACCUUGACAUCUGCGGAGAAGAAGGAAGCCCAGGGUGUAAAGGAGAUCCUCUGGGAGCUGCUGUCCACAAUGAAAAUCGUCAGCAAACUGAACAGGAGCUCCUGGCUGGAGUGUUACCGGCGCCACCUGGUGGAGAAAGGACUCGAUGAGGAAAUGCAGAGCCGAGCCAUGCUGUUGCAGCUUUGGGCAACACAGGGGAAUGCUGGCCCUGCUGCGUUCUGGUUGCUUGUGUUCCUGUUGAAGAACCCUGAAGCCAUGUCAGCCUUGAAGAAUGAGUUUAAUAAAAUCCUGCAGCGGUCAAAAGAGCAGGGACAGCGUCAAAAUCCUCCACUGCACAGCGUCACCCAAGAAAUGCUGGAUAACACUCCGGUUUUCGACAGCAUGUUGUGCGAGACCCUGCGGUUGACGGCAGCCCCCUUUAUAACCAGAGAAGUCCUUCAGGACAUGCCGCUGCGCCUUGCUGACGGCAGGCAAUACAACAUAAGGAAGGGGGACCGCAUCUGCCUCUUCCCCUAUCUGAGCCCCCAGAUGGACCCCGAAAUCCACCAAGAGCCCCAGAAAUUUAAAUACGAUAGAUUUCUCAACCCUGAUGGGACGGAGAAGAAGGACUUCUAUAAAGACGGGUCAAAGCUGAAGUACUACAACAUGCCGUGGGGAGCAGGCAGUCACAUGUGCGUGGGAAGGUUCUUCGCAAUCAAUAGCAUCAAACAGUUCCUGUUCAUGGUCCUCACCUCCUUCGAGUUGGAGUUGUGUGAUCCAGAAGCUGCAAUCCCUGACAUUGAUGUGAGCCGCUAUGGAUUCGGAAUGCUUCAGCCAAAGGGAGACGUUGAGAUUCAGUACAGACUUAGAGACUUCGGAGACAGCACUGCCUAGAGACAGUCCAGAGAGCGUCCUGCAUGUUUUCUAUAUGCUGGUGCUGUGCAUGGGACCCUAGUCAUACCUGAUUUAGUUUCUAACAGGUCCUCUAUCACAAUGUAUUAAAGCAUAGUGAUUAUUAAUAGCUUGUGUAAGAUAUUGUAAAGCAAGUCAUGGACUGUAAUCGUAUAUUAAAAAUAUUCAGCCAGUCUUUAUUUUACACUUAUGGGUCUGCUCUCAGGACUUGGAAGCUAACAUUGAGUAUCAUUGCCAGGCUAGAGUCUUAAUAAAGAUGUAUGUGCACCCACAAGCCAGUAGAAAAUCUAUUGUACCAUGUCGGGCGUCCUGUUUUGUGUAGAUGUAUUUUAACAAUGUAACUUGCUUGAUCAAAACAGGACACACUACAUUUUAAGCAUACAAUUGAAGGUAACACAUAUUUUUUAGAACAGCCUUUGGAAAGCAGACCCUAUGACUUCUUGAAUGUGGUAUUUGUAAAGUAUUUCAGAUUUUAUAUUUUAAUAAUUUAUUUUUUUGUACCCUAAUGUUUGUCAUACCUGUUUUGUACAUAUCUGUUAACCUUUUAGUACUGUUGAUUUGUAAAGCACACUAAAUACAUGAAUGUAAAAAUGAUUAAACCUGCACUCCAGGAGAUGUGGUCUCUAACUCACAGAAUCCAA